AUGGCGAGAGUCAUCACUCCCAUCUGGGCGGCGCCCAUCGCCUCGACCAACUUUAAUGUCGCCACGGCCCUACUCGGAGGCUUCAUUUCACUUUUUGGACUGGUAUCGUACUUGCUCAAGGAGCACUUUUAUCUCUCGGAAGCCCUCAUUGCCAUGGUCGUAGGUGUCGCCUUUGGCCCCAAAGGUGCGCAUUUCAUACGCCCCCAUGAGUAUGCUGGCUGCUCUCAGAACAACCUCUCUGAGAGUCAGUGUGCCGCCAAUGUCGACGCCAUCACCCUCGACUUCUCCCGGCUGGUUCUCGCCGUUCAACUGGUCCUUGCUGGUGUACAGCUCCGUAGCAAGUACAUGUGGCUCGAGAAAAAGUCGGUCUUCCUCCUCGUAGGUCCUGGCAUGGCCAUGAUGUGGGUGGCCACCAGCCUACUCGUCUGGGGUCUGCUCGGCACGCCAAGCUUCCUCCAUGCCCUGGCCGUUGGUGCUUGCGUCACACCGACUGAUCCAGUUCUCUCCGCCGUCAUUGUCAAGGGCAAAUUCGCCGACAAGAACAUCCCCAAGGAGCUGCAGGAUCUCAUCGUCGCCGAGUCUGGCACAAACGACGGCCUCGGUUACCCAUGGUUGUUCUUCGCCCUCUACCUCAUCAAGUACAUAGGAGCCGACGCGGACCCUAAUGCCGGUGGUGCCGGUCAGGCAUUUGGUCUCUGGUUCGCGCUGACGUGGGCCUAUGUCAUCCUCAUGAGCAUCGCCUACGGUGCCGUCGUAGGUUUGCUCGGUCAGUAUCUGCUCCACUGGGCAGAGGACCGCGGCUGGGUUGAUCGCGAGAGUUUUCUCGUUUUUGCCAUAGCGCUUGGCCUAUUUGUUCUUGGCACCUGCGGUCUCAUUGGAACUGAUGACGUCUUGGCCUGUUUCGUUGCUGGUAAUGCGUUUACGUGGGAUGACUGGUUUCGGCAGGAGACCAAGGAUGACUCGCUUCAGCCAACUGUUGACAUGCUGCUCAAUGUCACCAUUUUCCUGUGGUAUGGCGCUGUCAUUCCCUGGGAUCUCAUCGCUCACAAUGACUUCACUACGCUCUCCCGUGUGAUUCCGCUCGGUCUUCUCAUCUUAUUGCUUCGCCGUCUUCCAUGGAUCUAUGGCAUGCACCACUGGAUUCACCAAAUUGACAGCCACCAAAAUGCCAUUUUCGUUGGCUUCUUUGGUCCCAUCGGAGUCUCGGCAAUUUUCUACUUGUACAUCACCCAUGAGUUCAUCGGCAGACAUCUGAGCGAUGAGGAUGGCGUUCCUCGAAACGAUGUCAAGCACCUUCGUGAUACCACGACUGUUGUGGUUUGGUUCAUGGUUGUAGCCAGCGUCGUGGUUCACGGUCUCUCCAUCCCACUUGGAAAGCUUGGCUCCCUGGCCCCCCGAACCCUCAGUCGAGCUCUGAGUGGCGAUGUCAGCGACUCAAACUACAGUGGUAGACAAGUUUUUCCUGGAUUUGGUCGCCGCAUCAAGGAUGACAACCCCCGCCGUGACAGUACAACACGAGCCUAUUCGAGCAGCCGAACGCACUCGGUGCGCGAGCAAGCUAGGGACACCGAAUCUGAAGUCGACAUGCCGCAGGGCGCGGUCACCGAGGCUACGCCCUCGGCGAGGCGUGAAAUUCGCUUCCCGGACGAAGCAACCACUUCUGUGUGA